CUGGCAACCGCGCACGAGAAGGAGCGCUCCUCUCCGGACCCGGGACGCGCGGCACAGGGGCGGAUCUAACAACGCAAACUGGACAUUUUCUUGUCUGCAGCCGCACUCGAUCUCCAAGAAAAGCCGCUUUGGACUAAACAUCCCCGCCCGUUUAUGACUCCUUCCUUUUGUUAAAAGCUUCCACCGUGCACGCGCGGUUCAACCGGUGAAGCCGUUCGUGCGCCUUUCCCGUCUCCAGAUGGGUUAGCGCAGUCCGCGGCGGCGCCGUGCCAACUUCGGUGCUCGUGCGAACCCCGCGGCUCAGCCCGCUAUGAUCGUUUGCAACGCGAGCCUGAGCUGCGCGCACUGUCCCGGGGGAGGAGCCGGCGGCACCGCGGCGACCGCGACGGACGCGUACGAGGAGGUGUCCGACUCUCUCCCCGCUCCGUCCCUGAGCCCGAGGGGGCACCUGGUGGUGGCGGUGUGCCUCGGCUUCAUCGGCACCUUCGGGUUCCUCAGUAACUUCCUGGUGCUCGCGCUGUUCUGUCGGUACCGGGCUCUGCGCACGCCCAUGAACCUGCUGCUGGUGAGCAUCUCUGCCAGCGACCUGCUGGUCAGCAUGCUGGGCACCCCGUUCAGCUUCGCGGCCAGCACGCAGGGCCGGUGGCUGAUCGGACGGGCCGGCUGCGUUUGGUACGGGUUCGUUAACGCGUGUUUGGGCAUCGUGUCCCUGAUCUCCCUGGCCGUCCUCUCCUUCGAGCGCUACAGCACCAUGAUGAAGCCCACCGUGGCCGACGGCAGAGACUUCCGCCCGGCGCUGGGGGGCAUCGCCUUCUCCUGGCUCUACUCGGUGGCCUGGACGGUGCCGCCGCUGCUGGGCUGGAGCAAAUACGGGCCCGAGGGUCCCGGCACCACCUGCUCCGUGGACUGGAAGACCCAGACGGCCAACAACAUCUCCUACAUCGUGUGCCUGUUCGUCUUCUGCCUGGUCCUGCCCUUCUGCGUCAUCCUCUACUCCUACAGCAGGCUGCUGCAGGCCAUCAGACAGGUGAGCGUGGUGAGCUCGGUGGUGACGCGGCACCGGGAGCAGCGCGUGCUGGCCAUGGUGGUGGUGAUGGUGGCGUGCUACCUGGUCUGCUGGCUGCCCUACGGGGUGGCCGCCCUGCUCGCCACCUUCGGCCCCCGCGACCUCCUGAGCCCGGAGGCGAGCAUCACGCCGUCGCUGUUGGCCAAGUUCUCCACCGUCGUCAACCCUUUCAUCUACAUAUUCAUGAACAAACAGUUCUACAGGUGUUUCAGGGCCUUUCUGAGCUGCUCCGCGCCCCAGCGAGGCUCCACCCUCAAGACGUUUUCACGGCCGACCAAGACGCUGCGCGCCGUGCGCCACGAGAAGGGCCGCCGCGCGUCGGCCGCCGACGCCGCCGCCGCCGCCGCCGCCUCCGCCGCCCGCCCCACGUCGUCGCAGGGAGCCAAUCACGCGUCUGCGACCCCGCCGCCGUCUCCGUCGAACCGACCCUGCGCUGCCGCCGGCAACCCCAAACCCAAACGGAUUCUGGUGGCUCACUACCGGGAGUGAAAACACGACGACGGCGACGUGCAGGAUGCGGAGUGACGAGCGCGUCUCCAAUUAACGCUCCUCUUGAUUGCAGAGCAAGAGAGAGAGAGAGAGAGAGAGGGGGAGGGAGGUGGGGGGUGCAGAUGCGAGCUGGGACGCUUUAAUCCAAGAACAUCCCAGGUUGUCGCUGCUGCGUGAAGUUGGCAGACUGAGGAACACACAACAUGCCGGUCACACCUCGUGUACCUGAAGAACUGCGCAGGGGAAACGGCGCGAAACGUAGUGCUGCGCAAACGUCCCGCAGAAAUGGGGCGAGCUUUGGUGAAAAUGUGCUUGUAGUGAUUAAGUGUCUUUGUUAUCCAUCUAAAUAAAGUUAUUUCUCAAACUCAGAAACUGUUCAGGAACAAUUUGGAGCAGCGCAGCGUUCUUAGAGGGGGGGGGCUUCACGUUUCGUUUGACGGGGGAAACGGGGGCAAUGAGAUAUUUUGUCAGCUCAAGCGUAGAGCGACUGUUAGCAGGAUUAUUAUUAUUUUUUCUGCAAUAAUUCGGUCGGAGAACAGGGUAAGCAUUUUCUUCCUGACCCCAUUUCCACGCCUGACAUUUGAGGAUUUGUUACAGAGUAUUAAAGAUCUGUUAAACAAUUUCAUGUGAUUUUAGAACCGAGAAGGUUUUUAUCAGGCCUUUAUUUACAUUUUGCUGUUUACAUUUUUCAUAUGAAAGCCACAAAAAAGGGACACGUCACCGCGACAUGAGGGACAUGUAGGAGAUUUCAUUGUUUUGCGAUAUCUUGGUGUUUGAGAAUCUGCUGCCUUCUUGUUAAGUCGAAAUGCUGUUGUUUUUUUUUGUAUUGUGUUGUCUCCCAGUGUAUUUUCAUUCGCUUUUGUUGCGUAAAUUAA